GCAAAGUCGUCUAAUAGAGUCAGCAGUGGACUUACUGUUAGCAACAUUGAAAGGUCGUCUCAGUGCACAAGAUCUGUGCGGCUUAGAAGACGAGGUGUAUCGUUGUCUUAUUCCUGAGGCGAAACAAGUGAAAGGGAGUAAAGGAAGCAGAUGUUGGGAGUGUAUGCCAUGCUGUUACUGGAACCUUAUCGUGUUCUUUAAUCAAAAGACAAUAGAUGCAAUCGUCAAAUGUACGAGAAUUUCUUUGGACUUUAUCAAGCGCUAUGUACAGUCUUCCAGUAAAUAUAUGAGCGAUCUCUCUCAUGAACAUGCAAAAUUACCACUGUUUAAGGUAAAUUUACUAAAUGUCAUACUCUCUCUUUUCUAACCUAGCUUGUAUCUAAAUGGAAUAGAUGGAUUUCACUAAGCACAAUCUUGCAGCAAAUAGUGGUUUUACUAAUAGUCCGAAUCAUUACUUGAUUACUCUCUCUUUUUAUAGGCUGAGAUUAUCUUGGCAAUCCCUGCAGUACAGAUGAAACCAAGUGUAGAUGAUAUCCAACAUGCCCUUAAUAAAGCCGUUCAAAUUAUGUUAAAGACAACACAGGUAGGGGCAUUGCGUUUCAGUAGAAAAGUAUAAGAAUGCAAUGCGAAAUACCAUACCAUACAUUGUCGUGUCAUAUUCUACCUUACCAUAACAUUUCAUCACCAGAACAUACACACCAUACCAUUCGUGCACACAUCAAUCCACCAUACCAUACCAUGUCAUUUACCGCAUUAUGCCAUACCAUGCCUCGCCUAUUCAUGCCAUACAUACCAUACCACAACAUACCAUGCCAUACCACCCACCACCAUACCAUACCAAACCGUACCCUACUGGGGUCGGUUGUAUAAAAAAGUGAUUAAAGUUAACUAUAUAGUUAGUGGAAACUUCAUCCAAUAACUCAAUGAGAAGCGUGUAUUUGAGAGUUAAUCACUAUUUAACUACAAAAUAGUGAUUAAAAAAGUGAUUAAGAGUUUUAUACAACCGGUCCCUGGAGUGUUACUAUUAUACAUAGCUCAGGACAAGUAUCCAACAAUGAUCAAAUUCUGUCACCUUACAGCGUGUGUACCAAUGGGAGAAACACGACAUAAUCCAUCAGCCACCAGCUCCUGUGGUUGAAGAAGGCAAACCCAUACCUCCUGUUGUCAUCAAGUCUUUGUACAGACUCGUCUCAGAACACAAAGAUGUCGUGAAAGUCGUUAUCGUGCUUAAUUCCAUCAUCAGUUCAUUUAAAAUGGAUGCGAAGCAGGUCUUGAGUGGCAUGGCACAGUUUGAAGAACUAUGGAAUCAAGUAUGUUACAAAAAUAUUCUGAAGUUUCCUUGUCACGAACUGAGCAGUUGUCUUUAAUUUAAGUUCUUUGUAGGUUUGCAUGGCGAUAAAACAUAUACUACUAUUGGUUGUGGAAACACCACGUAAAUUUAUUACUGCAUAGAUUUUGAUCCAUAAGCCCGGAUGUUAAUCAGUGCUAAUAAUAUGUGACUUGUUCAAUUCACACAUCUUUUUAUAAUUGAACAAGUCACAUAUUAUCAGCACUGAUGAAGAUCCGGGCUUACGGAUCGAAAGCUUUGCAGUAAUAAAUUUACGUGGUGUUUCCACAAACAAUAGUAUUAUAUGUCUUUAAUUUGUUCUCAUAACUUGUAGGACCCCAAUACCAAAGUGCAAGAAUUCAUGGAUUCAACACCACUGCUGUCUGACUUCGAAACACAGAUACGCUACUAUCAGGUAUAUAUUUCAUAAACUCUCUUACCUGCAAGGCAUGGUCCGCUCCGAUACAAUAUACUUUCAUUGUUGCUUGUGAUGAAAUAUCAUGAUAUAGAUUACAUUGGUAUCAAAGGAACUAGAUUCUGUUCCGAAAUAUCACAUACUUGAACCGAUCUGAUCGCGUAGCUCAGUUGGCAGAGCAUUGGGCUAGUAUUCCAAAGGUCGUAGGUUCGAUUCUCACCGUGGACAGGCAUAGUUUUCAAGCUUGCCCGGCGUGGAUAUACACUCAGAGUAACAUCACAAACAUCAUAUUCACCUGAGUACAUUGCAUCAACACAGAAAAUACCAUACUUUGUGUUCUUUCUGCAGGAGCUUGAGAUGGCAGUAGAGGAACUACCAGCAAGUUAUUCUGUUGGCUCGAUCAUUUACUCCACAGAACCUCUAAAGCGAGCUCUUGUUACAGAAACAAAGGCAUGGAAACAAGCUUUCGGUAAAGCUCUGGCGAACAAGGCCAGUGCUGAUAUGGAGGAAAUAUUUACAUUCUUUGACAAUAUGUGCAAGAGAUUGUCCAGGCCGAUCAAAGAUUUAGACGAUGUCAGAAACACUAUGGCGGCUUUACGAGAAGUCCGAGAGUCGGAGAUCAAGUGAGUCUGGCUGCGUUUCAGUAAACAAUGGUUGCCAACUUCGAAACUGUUGACACUUUCAUGAUUAAUCUUUUUAGGAUUGACAUGACCAUCGGACCAAUUGAAGAAUCUUUUGCGUUGCUCAACAAAUAUGGUUUACAUUACUCAAGUCAUGAUUCAGAAAGGGUUGAUAGUUUGACAUACUCUUGGAAGAAAGUCAAUUCACAGGUAUUUAUAUUAGAAUGAGGGAAGUUAGGAAGUUGGCUUUGAUUUUUCUUCUUCCACCGUAGUUAUUUGAAGAGACGUUGUAUGAUGCAAGCCAUUAUUGUUCUUUCUUCAUUAAAGGCCUCUGCUGUCCAGACACAGUUGCUUGAAAUCGAGCCAGAAUACAAAACAAAUCUAUUGAAUGCUGUCGACGUGUACAAAGAAGCAAUGGUCUCAUUUGUCAGCGAUUAUGACGAGAAGUAAGUAAAGCAUGCUCGUCAGGAACUCUUGAGGAGUCACAAGAGAAAAUGAUUUCUAUUUCUACAUUUGCAGAGGUCCGAUGGUGUUGGGAACAUUGCCUAACGAGGCAAGUGAUCGACUGCAAAUAUUCCAAGCACGCUUUGAUGAACUCUGGAGGAAAUAUCAGACUUACUCUGGUAAAGAACAAGUUAAACUCUUUUGUGUAAUCUAGUGCAAUUUGACAUCUACCUAUGAUAUACCUGAAUUUAUAACUUUGUUUUGCAGGCGGUGAAGAAUUAUUUGGCCUACCAGUCACAGAAUACGAUGAACUUCAGAGAAUUCGUCGUGAACUUGGUCUACUUCAAAAGUUAUACAGUCUGUAUAAUUCUGUGAUCGAGAACGUGAAUGGAUAUCAAGAUAUCUUAUGGUCUGACAUUGACGUGGAAAAGAUUAACGGAGAAUUACUAGAGUAUCAGAAUAGGUAAGGAUCACAUAAUGAUGAUUGAAGAUGUUUGAUGUGUUGAUGCAGUGUUUUUUUCAGGAUUUUCUCUUGGGUCCGUUUUUGCAGAGAAGAUUGAGUUUAGCUGAACAGCUGGGGGUCUUGAGGCGGCUGUUCCCCCCCCUACCGGGAGGCUGAAACCUGUACCCACUUUAGUGUAGUUGAGAUGCAAUGUGUUAAAGCAGGGGCACUGAGAGACACUAUAAACUGGUUAAAGACGGUGAAUGCAUUGUUUUUCUUGUGUUGUGAAAUGAAUUCCAGCCAUUUUUUACUUAAUUUUCUGGUUUUCAACUGAAAACUAAUCUGCACACAUCAUGAAUUUAACUCAAACAACUUCAUUUUACUGCACAGAAUCUUUUGAUGAGAAGAUUGAAUUUCAAAACUCAAUUCAAGAUUGAGUUUUUGGGGCCGUUCCUUAAAAAAUCCCUGAAAAAAGCCCUGGCUGCAUGUGUGUCGUUUGCAACUGACUGGGAUUCCAUUGUAUUCCUCCAUUAUAUGCUCAUGUCUGAUCGUAAUUUCACCUCAAUCGCGUAUAAAAAGAGUGCUUUCGGUUUGACUCUACCAAGCACCGCAAGCUAUCUUCGGUUUCAGUCGACUAACAAGGAACGGACCUUGUUUAAAAUGGGUGAUUCCAGCUACAGACUAAAUUUUGAUCUAGGCAAGAAGAACGAAAUCCAACACCACAGCUGGAAAGAGCGUCUUAGAAUGAGUAAAACUGCAAAUAUUGGUUGCUAUAUGUUGUAAAAUGAAUAAAAUAUAGCCCUGUGAAGUUCGCAAAUUUUGUAUAUAUUUGUAUAAAUAACCGCGUAAUGCAAAUAUAUACAAAAUUUGCGAACUUCACAGGGCUAUAUUUUCCUCAUUUUACAACAAUUCGCAACCAAACUUUGAAAUUUUACUCAUUUUAAGAUGCUCUUUCCAGCUAUGGUAAUGGAUUUCGUUCUCCUUGUCUAGAUCAAAAUUUCACCUAUAGCUGGAAUCAUCCAUUGAUGAGCUAUCAAGCAUAAGUACAGUUAGUUUAGGUUAGACCACCAUACUCAUUUUAAAAUCUUCACCUCGUUAGGAUCCGUAAGUUACCCAAAGCUCUGAAAGAGUGGCAAGCGUUCCUCGACUUGAAGAAAACCAUAGAUGAUUUCAGUGAGUCAUGUCCUCUGUUGGAAAUGAUGGCACACAAGGCAAUGAAAGCUCGACAUUGGGAACGUAUUUCAAAUGUCACUAAGACAGCAUUGGAUGUGGAGUCUGAGACUUUCUCUUUAAGAAAUCUUAUGAGUGCCCCGCUAUUGGAGAACAAAGAAGACAUUGAGGUUUGCAUUUGUUUAUGUUUUGGCAUGCUUUUAUUCUCUCAGACGGUCAACAAUAUUACUAAAACGUGGGUUCAAACUAUCUUCGUUUUUGUUGUGACUACCACAGUAAAAAUCGAACCUCUUCCAUCUAUGGAAACUUGGGUUUCUAAAGAACCCCACAACAUUGAGCUGGGGGAGAGGGAUCACAAAGUUUGUUUUAUCUUUUGUUCAUUAAUAUUAGAAUGUUAGGGUUUGUAAUCCAAGUGAGUAUAUAUACAUGGACAUAAUAUUACAAACACCUAUCUUUGUAAUGUUAUGUCCAUGAUUGUACUCACACAUCUGAGAUUUUAGAACCUAGAUCUUGAUCGUACAUUUCUAUCUAGGAUAUUUGUAUUGCUGCUGUCAAAGAGAAAGAUAUUGAAGCAAAGUUGAAAGGCGUGGUGGCUGACUGGAGUACUCAGAUCUUCUCCUUUGGAACUUUCAAGAAUCGUGGAGAGUUCUUACUCAAGGGAGGAGAGACGUCCGAGAUUGUAUCUCUUAUGGAGGAUAGCUUGAUGAUCUUGGGUUCAUUGAUGAGCAAUAGGUACGUCUGUUGUUGAAUAUCUGGGGUCACACGGUGGAUUUUAGUACAGUGCAAUGUAUGGUGGUCAAGAAGCAAACAUAUUGAACUUAUCCAGUUAUUUGUUGGUCAUCAAAUACAACACUAUUGUGUAUAAUGAAAAGAUCUGCUGCACGAUUUAGUCCGACCCAUUAGAUAUAGAAUUAGGUCUAUGUUUUCUUUAUCGUUGUAGAUAUAACGCGCCGUUCAAGGCAGAAAUUCAGAAGUGGGUCGCAAAACUGACUGGCUCUACAGAGAUUAUUGAAAACUGGCUUGUUGUACAAAAUCUCUGGGUCUAUCUCGAAGCUGUCUUUGUUGGUGGUGAUAUCGCUAAACAAUUGCCUCAGGUUUGUAGCAUUUCAAAUGGAAAUCUAACCUUGAAACUGAUCUGUUGGUUGGUUUACUAUAAAGAGUUUGCCCCCAAGAGAUAUCGUCUACUGUUUUGUAAUAUUGUAAGACAAUAUUCCAAAGUACUGUAACUUGGUAUUUGUACAUGUAAUUCAAUGCUACUUAUCCUCGUGUUUUUCUAGGAAGCGAAACGUUUCUCUCAGAUUGAUAAAUCAUGGGUAAAGAUCAUGCAACGUGCUCAUGAAACGCCAAACGUUGUUCAAUGUUGCGUGGGGGAUGAUACUUUGGGACAACUAUUGCCUCACUUGUUGGAGCAGCUAGAAAUGUGUCAGAAAUCAUUGAGUGGGUGAGUCUGUAAGGUCUAAGUUUAACUUAAUCUUAGUGGUUAUUUCUAGUCUGAGGUGAGAGAGAGAGACUUUAUUUAUAGAGGAUGACACUUGACAGUACGAAUACUGAUGACUCUGUGGUCCUCUGGAAACCUAUGAGCCUAACCCACCCAUGUCAACUUUCCCUGUGGGACGAAACACGGAGUACCCGGAGAAAACCCACGACUUUCGGCAGAGCGUCGACUUUUACUCUUUUCACAUGAGGCCUGGGUUCGUGUCACAUUGAGAAGUUGUCACUGAGAUUCGAACCUGCCACCUUAGAGGUGAAAGGCAAGUGCGCUAACCACUUCGCCACCGAAGGUGAAGCAGGCGUAGUAAAAUAGUUUAAAACAUUCCAAUUUUCUCCAUGAUUUAGUUAUUUGGAGAAGAAACGUCUUCUAUUCCCACGAUUCUUCUUCGUCUCUGAUCCUGCUUUACUGGAGAUCCUUGGCCAGGCGAGUGAUUCCCACACCAUUCAAGCACAUCUGCUUAGUGUUUUCGAUAACUUGAAGACUGUCACCUUUGACGAGAAGGAUUAUGACAAGAUCUUAGCUAUCAAUUCUUCGGAAGGUGAACAGAUUCCAUUGGAGAAGCCAAUUAUGGCACAGGUACGUUGUAUUGUUAUGAUGUAAUGGUUAGUUUGGUCGUACCAAGCCUCGAAAUUCCCUGAAAUCAAUUGACGGCAAUGGCGUUAAAAAUUGCCGUAGAACGUAACAGCUGUCUACGGCAAUUUUGGCAGUUUCCACGGCAUUUUUUCAAAUUACUGACACUGUAAUAAAAGUUUAAUUUUAUUGUUACCUUGGAUUUUUGACAAGCUAGAAAAUGUCUACGUAUUUCUUUAGUGUUUUUUUUUCCGAAGAAAACUGAGACUAAAAUAGUGAUUGACGCAUGAUUUGAUCAACAUCUUAGUUCAAGUAUCAAAAUAGUAAUGCACAGUGAAUAGUAUAAAAAUUGCACUAUACGGCAAAAAAUUGCCGUCGUUGCCGCAAUGAUCCACGGCAUUUUGUUCUCCCUCUACGGCAAUUGCCGCGAUAAAAUUCGAGCCCUGGUACAGUGGUUACUAUAUGUGCCUUUGACUUCUUCAGUGAGGUUUGAUACUUGCACUGAGUUGCCUGAUUAUAAUUUUGCUGAAGUCCCAUGUCUCAAGAGUAUAUCCAGUGUGAACAACUACACGUUCAUUGCGGAUGCACUGGUUUCCUUCUGUAUUAAUACUGGAUCAAUAAGAGAUAUCCUUCCCGGACCUCUUGAACAGUUUUGAACUGAUAGAACAAUCCAAGAGAAUAAAUAAAGUUGGUUUAUAUUUCCUCGAGUAAUAAAACUAGAUUAAUAAAUGAUGUACUGAUUUUUGUAUUUAGGGAAAUGUCGAGCAAUGGUUAUUGGCUUUGUUGAUUGCAGCACAGAGUGCUCUACACUCUGUCAUCAGAAUGGCAUCAGUUGCUAUCAAGGAUCCAGUGUUUAAACUUCUUGAGUUUAUGGAUACAUUCCCAGCUCAGGUACUGUCUUAGGGGAAGGGCUGGACUUAUUUGGUGGAGGGAACUUACAAAUAGAGAUCGAAAUUAAUAGAGAGAGCUGUCUUGGGUAUUGUAGUACUAAUUUGGCAUGAUAUAGGUAAUGACUAGUUAAUAUUGUGCAAAUUUCUAUUACAAACUAUUUAUAAUGGCUUCAUUUCAUUGGCUUCAUUACUAUAUUGGUCUGUCCUAGGUUGGUCUUCUGGGAAUACAAAUGAUCUGGACACGAGACUCUGAGGAUGCUUUGUCAAAUGCGAAAUCCGACAAGAAGGUGAUAACAUUUAAUGUCAUGGAGUAAUAUCAACGCAAACUCUGACUCUUGUCCAUAGUCUUAUUGUACUGAUCUGUCUAUGUUUAGAUCAUGACACAAAGAAACACGUAUUUCUUGGAUAUGUUGAACGAGUUGAUUGAUGUGACAACACGAGAACUCACUAAGAUGGAGCGAACAAGAUAUGAGACUCUUGUUACCAUUCAUGUCCACCAGAGAGACAUCUUUGAUGAACUGGUAUGUAGACAGAAACCCUUGGGUCUAUACCAGAAAACCAUAGGACUGUAAUCCCGUGAUUGUGUGAGUUUUAAAAAGGACUGUAAACCCCUUAACUUUAAAAGUGACUAUAAUCACCUGAUUGUGUGGGUUUUAAAAAAAUUCUUGCGGAAAUCACAGGUUUUCAAACUGGCACCUCCUUCCUUAGAAACACUAACGAAAAAUCCUCCCGGCCUCAACUAACUGUGGUUCGUAUAACAGUAUUGCGUAUCAUGCUUUCAAUAUAGGUGAAAAAGAACAUCAAAUCUCCAUCAGACUUCGAAUGGUUAAAACAGUCCAGGUUCUAUUUCAAAGAAGAUACAGAUCAGUGUGUUGUGUCAAUCACAGAUGUUGAUUUCAUCUACCAGAAUGAGUUCCUUGGUUGUACAGAUCGUUUGGUCAUCACACCUUUGACUGAUCGUUGUUACAUCACGUUGUCUCAAGCUCUGGGCAUGUCAAUGGGUGGGGCACCCGCUGGACCCGCAGGCACAGGAAAAACAGAGACCACUAAGGUAUGUGCACUCAUUGGGAUAGCUCGUCCAAGUUAGUUAAUUAUCAAUUUACUGAACGAUAAGAAUAUACGUGUUUUGUUUUCUCUAAAAAUAUAGGAUAUGGGUAAAGCUUUGGGCAAGUAUGUCGUGGUUUUCAACUGCUCAGAUCAAAUGGACUACAGAGGUCUUGGCAGGAUUUACAAAGGUAUUAACACAAUGCAUGAAGUCUAAAGGAAUCCAGCAACAGGUGGGUUUCAGAAAGCACUAUCGUCCAGCAGAUGGUGGUAAACCAGCAGUUAUCAGAGUAAGAAAGUAUAAAGUUAAUUCAUUUCAUUAAAUGUAGUAGUCUUGUAUUUAGUGGCAAUUUUUUUGGACUGAGAUGUAGUUUAAUUUUAAGUUACAUUACAUUACAUUACAUUGCACAUUACAUAUUACAUUACAUUACACAUUACAUUACAUUGCACAUUACAUUACAUUACAUUACAUUACAUUACACAUUACAUUACAUGACACAUUACAUUGCAUUGCACAUUACAUUACAUUACACAUUACAUUACAUUGCACAUUACAUUACGAUACAUUACAUUACAUUACACAUUACAUUGCACAUUACAUUACACAUUACAUUACAUUGCACAUUACAUUACAUUGCACAUUACAUUACACAUUACAUUACAUUACAUUGCACAUUACAUUACAUCACAUUACACAUUACAUUACAUUGCACAUUACAUUACAUUAAUACUAUUGAGCUCUGAAACCCACCAAUAACAAUCAACCUUGCUUUUAUCUUGGCGCCAUGUGUUUGUAAUCCAAUAGACUCCAGCUCAUAUUAUCGUCUCUCUAUAGGUUUGGCACAGUCAGGGAGUUGGGGAUGUUUUGAUGAGUUCAAUCGUAUUGAACUGCCUGUAUUAUCUGUUGCUGCUCAACAGAUCUAUAUCGUAUUGACUGCUAAGAAAGAGAGGAAAGUACAGUUCAUCUUCACUGAUGGAGAUGUAGUCGCCUUAGAUCCCGAGUUUGGUAUCUUCUUGACCAUGGUAAGUGAAGUAUCCGUUCCCAAAGUACUUGAUUAAUGCCAAUGGUUCUCUUUAGGGCAAGGGAACCAUAGACCUGGCUAAUCCUCGUUUCCAGAACCCUGGGAAUGAGUGUGUGCUUUGUUUUACUCUGCAUUGAGUGGUGACGUUACAACCAUUUUUUUUACAGUAAAGCUUACAGGUUGUGCAUACUUAGGCCAGACUAGAACCUUAAGCCUGGUUCACAAAUACUACAGGUCCUCAGGUAUUUACUCUCUACCCUCAGUUGAUGAACGAGAUCCAGCUUGGACAACAGUCUCCAUUGUAUUUCUAAAGCUUACAUGUCGUGCAUACUUAAUUAGGACAGACUGGAACCUCACCCUCGUAUGAGCUAGGUAAUAAAAGGCAUCAUGAUUACUGUACCAGUACUACAAGAAGGACUUAUUAAAAGUUAUUAUAGCUCUGUGACAACUAACAUAACAAUUUUCCAUAUUAUCAUAUAGAACCCAGGUUAUGCUGGAAGACAGGAAUUACCAGAGAAUCUGAAGAUCCAGUUCCGUACAGUGGCUAUGAUGGUGCCAGAUAGACAGAUUAUCAUGAGAGUUAAACUUGCCGCCUGUGGUUUCUUACAGAACGUCAACCUUGCUAGGAAGUUCUACACGUUGUAUAAACUGUGCGAGGAACAGCUUACAAAACAAGUUAGUUCUUUUCAUGCAUGGCACAUUCAACUAGCGUGCAUGUCAGCUACAGUAUACGUGAUACAGAAAUUUUAUCGUGUAUGCUCUUUCUUUUGUAGGUUCAUUAUGAUUUUGGUUUGAGGAAUAUUUUGUCUGUGCUUCGGACACUGGGAGCUUCUAAACGUGCCAACCCUGAGGUGAGUGUGCCUACUUGGGCCUCUGAAAGGCCUAUGAGUAAAGUUAAUUUAGGUUUCUGUAGUAACACCGAAUCAACAAGAGAUGACCCUUACCAGACCUCUAGAGAGAACAGUUUAGAACUGAUGGAGCUAUCCAGUAUAAAUAAAGUAAGUUUAGUUUAGGUCUCUGUAUUAACACUGAAGAAAUAGAUGACCCUUUCGGGACCUCUAGGGAGAACAGAUAAAAACAGAUAGAGGUAUUCAAUAUAGAUAAAGUUAGUUUCAUUGGUAUUCAUUAAUUUCUGUCAAUGUCAGGAUGGUGAAGACAAGAUUGUGAUGAGAGUUCUACGUGAUAUGAACCUCAGUAAACUGGUGGACGAAGAUGAACCAUUAUUCUUAAGUUUGAUUGACGAUCUCUUUCCGGGGCUGACAUUACUGAAAGCUGGUUAUCCUGAUAUUGAGCAGGCCAUUGCUGAGGCUGUUGAGGAAGCCAAGCUUGUGAAUCAUGCACCUUGGGUGUUGAAACUUAUACAGGUAUGUCUGUUUGUGUUGGAGCGUUUGGAUUCAAAUCAAAUCAAACAAUUUUUAUUCAGGAAAUCCAUUUCCAGCUGAUAAUUUGAAAAAAUAUAGAAUAAAUCAUAUUCCGAAAAUAUGAAAGUUCUCUGGUGGAUGAAGUAUGCAGUAUCCGAGUGCCUUGUAGUUAUUGAUUUAUUGACUGUUUUUCUCCAUCCAUAGCUUUACGAGACUCAGCGUGUUCGUCAUGGUAUGAUGACCCUGGGACCAAGUGGUGCGGGCAAAACCAAGUGUAUCAACAUGUUAAUGAAAGCCAUGACACAAUGUGGAGCACCGCAUAAGGAAUUCCGUAUGAACCCUAAGGUGGGGUUUCUGUAGUAAGACUUAUCAUGAUAUGCAGUUAUAUUGGUGGGUUAUAUUGGUUACAGUGCAACAGAUGGUUUUCUGCUUGACCACCAGUAUAGGAACAAACAAAUUACAAUUUUCAAUUCUGUGUAUGUCCCUCCAAAUACAAGAUUUGUGAAGAUUACUCGAUGUGAUAAAUGGAAUCAAAAUGAUUUCCUCACUUUAAUAACUGCCAAGCGCAACUCACUAAUACUGCAAAGCGUGAUUUCUAUUUUUACGAAUACGUUCAUAUUGUACUUUUAUUGACGCAGUUAAUGAUAAAUUUAAUAUUUGCAGGCUAUCACCGCCCCGCAGAUGUUCGGUCGAUUAGAUGUUUCCACAAACGAUUGGACUGAUGGGAUAUUUUCCACACUCUGGAGGAAAACUCUUCGUGCUAAGAAGGUAUCAGUAAAGUAAAACGAAAAACAGAGGGUAUUUGCAUGAGCUCUACAUGACUAGCCCUACCAAUAGGGCUGGUUUUUACCUCAUGAGGAAAACCAACCCAAUUGCUUCAUUAAAAUCGUAUUUUGCCAAGCGUGUUUUUGAAUGGACCCAUUGCACAUGACGUCACAGCGCCAGCGACGAUGCAUCUGGAGGACAAAGUAGCAAUCUAUGCAUAAUAUAACUUUUGUAACCAAAGCAAAUUUUGUAAAACGUUAUAAUAAUUUUGUAUUAAAAUGGUAAAUUUUUGCGUUGUAUGUGGUUGUUGUACCCGAACAGAUUUUGUUAGGGAGCAUCUGGAGGACACUCUAAGGAUUUGUGAUGUCAGUGCAUUGGGUCAAUAAUAACCAACAGAAAAUUGCAUAUUGUUUUACUGUAGGGUGAUCAUAUAUGGAUUGUGCUUGAUGGUCCAGUGGACGCCAUUUGGAUUGAGAACCUGAACAGUGUACUUGAUGAUAACAAGACGUUGACUUUAGCUAAUGGUGAUCGGAUACCCAUGGCUCCUCUCUGCAAGGUUGUCUUUGAACCACAUAAUAUUGAUAAUGCUUCACCAGCUACUGUUUCAAGGUAACAUUUUGUCCACUAAUAAUUGACUUAUUCGGCGCUGAAAAUCAUGUGUGGUAGCAACACAUUGCUAAGAUGGAAACAAAUGUAAUGUCCGAACUUUUUGCAUUUGUUUACAUUUUUAGCCACGUGUUGAUGAUACAUGUGAUUUUAGUGCCAAAUAUUCUAUUUACAAUAAUGAGUUUCAUUGGAAGCUAUUUUAGCACAAGUUUACAAAAGCAAUAAUACUUGAAUAUCGGAGAUCAUUCUACUUUUUUCUUUUUUUUUGUCAAAAGAAAUGGAAUGGUGUAUAUGAGCUCGUCUAUCCUGGACUGGCAGCCAAUUCUUCAAGUAAGUACAGUCGAACCUCAUCUUGUGGUAUCUCAGUCUUUCUUAUACGGACACUUAUUUGCCCUGUAUUGACUGUGUAUAUCUACUUAUUUACACCAUUGAUUUUUUAGUUAGUAUGCGUACUUAUGUUCUGGCUUGAUGUAUUUCUAAAGUGUGUUUAUUUCUCUCUAGGGCUGGCUCAAUUCUCGUUCACCUAUGGAAGGAGAUGUUUUGAUGCCGCUUUUCGAGAAAGUCUUUACAGAUCUUAGACUUUAUGUACAACAAAAUCUUGUGCCAAAGAUGGAAGUAAGUCGAUGAUUGAAUGCUGUGACUGACUGAUGAUUAUACUAUUACAGUGAUGUCAUCAUUCACACACUUCAGUAUUCGAGGGCUCCAUUCCCCUUUUCUAUCUAUCCCGUUUCGAUUCAUUUUUCCUUACCAUUCUUCCAUUACAACCAUCACUCUUUUCCUACUAGUAUUUCGUAUAGUAUUAGUCACCCUUACUCAGAAGUUUCCUGCAAUACGUAUUUAACAUGUGAAUUUGCUGUACUAAAUUUAAAUCUUUGUUUUUGUUUUGUAGUUACUGGAAUGUAAUCAUGUUAUGCAAGCGAUCAACUUGUUGCAAGGUCUGAUUCCUGGCGAGGAUGCUCCUAAGCAAGCAGACGCAGCAUUUCUUGAAAAGUUGUUUCUAUUCUCGUUAAUGUGGAGUAUUGGAGCCGCACUGGAGUUAACUGAUAGAAAGAAGGUGAGUGGUUUAACAUAACAUCGAGCAGCGAAAUAGCUGCAGAAGGCGAGCAAUGAAGCUUUAUUAUAUAUUAUUUAAGAGGGCAGUUGUAUAUAAAGGUAUUAUGUAGUUCUUUGUAUGUUUGCAUGGCAAUAAAACAUAUAAUAGUUUUGUUUGUGGAAACACCACGUAAAUUUAUUACUGCAAAGCUUUCGAUCCGUAAGCCCGGAUCUUCAUCAGUGCUAAUAAUAUGUCAUCUGGCGGAAAUGAAAUCUUAACUCUAUAUUGUGGGUCCAAAGCUGUAUAGGGGGCACAAUUGUACUACCAUUAUAGUUAGUAUUGAUAGACCAACACAAUGAUUGUUGUAUAUUGUAGAUGGAAGAAUGGUUAGUAGAGAACGCUAAAGAUCUAAACUUACCUCCUGUUAAAAAGGACGAAACAAUCUUUGAAUAUCUCGUCAACGAACAGGGAGCGUGGGAACAUUGGUAUAACAGAGUAAGUAUAAAAGAAAAUGCUCAGAACUUGUUGGUUUAGUUAUACUGUAAGUAAAGAUUGGGCCAUUUCCAUAUUAACAAGUACAAGUUGAAUACAACAAUUUCUUACGUUAAACUAUUCCUAACCCCAGCCCCAAUUUUAACCUAAUACUAACAAAACUAUAUACAUCAGUUCGGUAUAUUGAUAGUGCAUGUGACCUACUAAACUGUUUAUCAAGUGUGUUUGUUGUAUACCCCUCUAUUUAGGUUGAAGAAUAUCAGUAUUCUAGAGAUGUUGUUCCUGAAUAUGCUUCGAUUCUUGUGCCCAACGUGGAUAAUGUUCGUACGGACUUUCUUAUCCAUACAAUUGCUAAACAAGGAAAGGUGAGAUUUGCUAUGCGUUAUUAUAGCUAGUCCUCUGGGAUGCUUGCGCAUGAAAAAGAGGGUUUGGUGAAUGAGCUUGUGGUAUUUACUAAGAGUUCAUGUUGAAAUUCCUAGGCUGUGUUAUUGAUUGGUGAACAAGGUACAGCCAAGACAGUCAUGAUUCAAGGAAGCUGUAAUAAAUAUGAUGCUGAAGUGCAUCUUGCCAAGUCCGUGAACUUUUCAUCUGCCACAUCACCCAACAUGUUUCAGGUAAGCUUUUUAGAAAGAAAACUGUGUCCUAAACGAGGGUACAAGAUGAAAAUAAUGCUUGUCCCAGAUUUCUACUAAAAGAACUGGGAACAAGUAGUGACAACACAUCUCAUUGGAAAAAUGUUGAAAAUCAAUGGAAGGUUAUAGAAUGGAAAUUGCGUGGACCUUUAUUGGAAAUAGAAUGGAUUUUGGUUAUCCUUAAUAAUUGUAUAUUUCCAUACUAUCGAUAUAGUAUCGAAAUAAUAUGGAUAUACUAUGGAUUUUAGUGGUGCAAUUGCAAAUUUCGUAGUAUGGAUUUCACUUUUUUUUCCAGUGUCUUGUUGACAAGUUGUGAGGUUUUUACGCGUAUAAUCCUAACCUUUACUCAAAUUCUAAUCUCAAUCCUCUAUCGUAAUCCUAAGCCUGUAGCGUAAUUCCAGGAUAUUUCUAUGGAUAGUCAUUCUUGGUACCCGUAAUUGAUCAUUUGUUCGUUUCUACCACAGCGUACGAUAGAAAGCUAUGUUGACAAGCGAAUGGGGACAACGUAUGGUCCUCCAGCUGGCAAGAAGAUGACUGUUUUCAUUGAUGAUAUUAAUAUGCCCAUCAUUAACGAAUGGGGAGAUCAGGUGAGAUUUUAGAAACAUGUUGUAUUUUGAUGCUUGUGAUAUGUUACUCUGAUUGUAUAUCCACACUGGGCAAGCUUGAAAAAUAUGCCUGGCCACGGUGGGAAUCGAACCUACGACAUUUGGAACAUACUCGAACCGAUCUGACCGCGUAGCUCAGUAGGCAGAGCAUUGGGGUAGUAUUCCAAAGGUCGUAGGUUCGAUUCCCACCGUGGCCAGGCAUAUUUUUCAAGCUUGCCCGGUGUGGAUAUACACUCAGAGUAACAUCACAAACAUCAUAUUCACCUGAGUACAUAACACCAACACAGAAAACAUCAUGUUGUAUUUUAUACUGCAACAUAUCAAUUUGAUUAGAAUGGAUUACUAAUAGACCUUUCCCCUUAUAACCAAAAUAUUGAUCUAGGCAAGUCUAGACAAAAAUUUCAUCACAGCUUGAAAGAGCAUCACAAAAUUAGUAAUAUUCCAAAGUUUCGUUGCGAAAUGUUGUAAAAUGAGGAAAAUAGAGCCUUGCAAAGUUUGCAAUUUUCAGUCAUUUUGCAUUACAAACGGGCAAUUGCAGCCCCAACACCCGAAUCGUAUGUCAAUUUCCCGUUUGUAAUACAAAAUGACUGAAAAUUGCAAACUUCGCAAGGCUAUAUUAUCCGUAUUUUACAACAUUUCGCAACGAAACUUCGGAAUAUUACUAAUUUUGUGAUGCUCUUUCAAGCUGUGAUGAAAUUUUUGUCUAGAUCAAAAUUUUAGUUAUAAGGGGAAAGGUCCAUUGAAUUGUAUCUCUGCAGAUAACAAACGAGAUAGUACGUCAGCUUAUGGAAAUGAAUGGUUUUUACAACCUGGAUAAACCUGGAGACUUUACCAACAUUGUCGAUAUUCAAUAUAUUGCCGCAAUGAUUCAACCUGGUGGAGGACGAAAUGAUAUCCCAAGUAGAUUGAAGAGACAAUUCACUGUGUUUAACUGCACACUACCUUCUGAUGCUUCUAUUGAUAAGAUUUUUACCACCAUUGGGACGGGAUACUUCUGUGAGGUAUGUCGUUUGUUUUGAUGUCAUGUUCAAAAUCUAAACUAAUGUUUAUAUUUCAUAGCUCUAUCAGUUCUGAACUAUUUUGUGUUGAAAUACUACAGGAGGAAAACUAUAGCUCUAUCAGUUUAAACUGUUCUUUCUAGAGGCACAGUAAGGUGUCAUGAUUGUCAUCUCUUAUUGAUCCAGUGUUACUACGGGAGGAAACCUAAACUAAAUUAACUUUCUUUGUACUGUAUAGCUAAUAUUUGUGUUGCAUUUCUCCAGGAACGAGGUUUUAGUUCGGAGAUACAAAACACAGUAAAACAGCUGGUGUCAUUAACUCGCAAACUCUGGCAACGAACUAAGAUCAAAAUGCUACCAACUCCAGCCAAAUUUCACUAUAUCUUUAACUUGAGGGAUCUCAGCAGAAUUUGGCAGGUAAUGGUGUUGUUGUUGCUAUUGUUGUUGCUAUUGUUGCUGCAUUUGUCGUUGUUGAUUAUUUACAUCAUCUACCGCAGGGGAUACUCAACGUUACAUCUGAAGUGUUAGUGGAUUCCAAUGUUUUACUACAUCUCUGGAAACACGAGUGCCAACGAGUUAUAGCUGAUCGUUUCACAAACCAAGUGGACAAAGAUUGGUUUGAGAAAGCAGUACGUACUGUGGUAGAGGAAGAUAUUGGGACCGAGAUGGUUGAAGUUAUACAGGAAGAUCAAUAUUUUGUUGAUUUCAUGAGAGAUGCCCCAGAAUUGACAGGUACGUCAGAUUCUAGGGUAUAUUGUAAAGCUCAUUAAUAAUUUUUGACGAAAUUUCAACUGACAGCGCAUUAUGAUAUAAUUAUGAUUUUUAAGUACUAGAUAAAACAUGAGCAGCCGAUCUGUAUCUGAUAUACAAACUCAUGCGAAUGUUUUAUCGUACUUAAAAAAUGACUCAUCUUAUGAGUUCAUUGGCGAAGUAAUUUUAAAAAUAAACAUUGUCUAAGCCGAGAAAAUCAAAGCUGAAGUUUAUGUAAAUCAGGACAAAUCUUUAUCCGAUUUACAAACAUUGAUUAAACAUUCAUUUCUUUUGUAUUUUCUUCGUGAAUUAUUAGGUACUAUUUAAAAAACGAGCAGGAGUGUUUUAUUAGGUUUAAAGCCACGAGCGCGCAGCGCGAGUGGCUUUAGACCUAAUAAAACACGACCUGCGAGUGUUUUAAAUGGCUUCAAAAACGUUUGCAUAAUAAGUCAAAUCUUUAUAUAAAAAUCUUUAUAUAGUUUGCAUAACAAUGGUCUUUUGUUAAAGCGUUCUUUAGCUGGUAUAAAGACGUAUGCACGUGACUAAUUUCUUACUGAAGAUUGGAUAAUUGCUUCAUGAAUUAUUAAUGAGUUUUUGAAGGUUCUUUAUAUGUCAUAAUAAUGGUGUUAUGGUAUUUUUAAAGCUUGAAUAGGUUUUAAAACGAAAGAUGGACAUUUCCCUCGUACAUUUGGUCAAAUGAUAAUUGUGGAUUUUUGUUGUCUAAAAAUAUUUAACUGACUUCGUUAGCUGCAUAUAACAGUGAGUAUAUAAUCGUUGUGUGCUUAUCAGUGAACUCAUUUUAUUUCUGAAUAUCAGGUGAUGAACCUGAAGAUAUGGAUGUCGAGGCUCCAAAGAUUUAUGAAUCCAUCGGAACUUCUGAAAAUCUCAAAGAACGAUUGAAGAUGUUUAUGGCAAGUUAUAAUGAAGCUAUCCGAGGUGGAAGUUUGGAUCUUGUAUUCUUCAGGGUAAGUUUAGUUCAGAGUUAUGUCAUAUGUCUAUCAUUGACUUCUGGCUGGGUUCAAAUGCAACUUUUUGUGGCACAAUGGUUAGUGCAGGGCCGUAGCGAGGGGGGUAUUGGGGGGGUGGUUAACCCCCCCAACUUUGACAUAUUCGGAAAAUGGGAUGGCCAUUCGGAAAAUUACGGCAAUAAUAGUAUAUGGUUUUUAUACGAAAAUCAUGAGAUUCAGGCAAUUUUUGGCUAAUAUAUGAGUUUUGAUAUGUCCGGAAAAAUUUUUUGACCCUUAAAAUGGUACACUGACCGAAAUUUUUUUGGCGACGAGGGAGAGGAGGUCGCCAAGAAUUUUCUAAUAUUCGGAAAUUUUCUUCGUCAUUCGGAAAUGUUUGGCCUACACCCCCCCCAACUAUAAAUGCUAGCUACGGCACUGGGUUAGUGAUUGUGCCUUUCAUCUCACCGUGUACAUCUGUGGGUGGCAUAGUGUUCAGUGCAGGUGCCUUCUGUCUUUGUGACCGAGCUUCGAUCUCUGCAGUAUGCAGUUGCCUGAUUAAAAUUUGACCUCCAGGUUUACAUCUGGCACUGCAGUUUCUUUUUGUAGUAAGAGAUACUUGACUUCUAGGAAGAACAGUUUAGAACUGAUAGACACCAAACACAUGAGUGCGUGGAAAAAUUCUAAAGUAAUUACCACAAACAAUCGCUAUGGUCAAAGACUAUGCCUAGAAGCGUGACAUAUAAAUAUGAGUAAUCAUGCUUUGAAUAGGGAUGACGGUGCCUAUUGAAUACCAGAGGAAUACAUGCAUCUCAUUGCCAAGUGACGUCAUCCCUUGGGUAUUUAAGAAGCCACGAUUGCAACUUUAGAUCACCCCUGAUGAAGACACUAGACUGGAGUAUCGAAACGUUGGGUCUUGAUUACAAUUCGACUGGGCUUUGUAAUCAUUUAUUUAAACCAGAGUAGCGAGUGAAAACAUGACUGGUAUCCUGGUUGCAGUGAACAAACAAACUUUAAAUAAAGUUAGUUUAGUUUCGGUUUCCUCCUGUAGUAUAAACACUGGACCAAUAAGUGAUUGUCCUUACUUGGACCUGUAGGAAAAAUAGUUUGGAAGUGAUAAAGCUGUCUAAUAUAAAUAAAGUUAUUAAGCCUUCUAAAAUGGCGUCAGCGUAUCUUAUUAACGAGUUGUUUAUUUUUAGGAUGCGAUGGUUCACUUGGUUAAGAUCUCGCGUAUCAUACGCACUCCACGUGGUAACGCCUUGUUGGUUGGUGUAGGAGGUUCUGGCAAACAGAGUUUAACACGACUGGCUUCAUUUAUUGCUGGUUAUAAAACGUUCCAGAUUACACUGUCAAGGUUUGUCCAUGAACUUAAUUCUUUGAAUAAUCUUCAGUAUACUUAGAUUAUUUCAUAUUUAGGUUUCAGUAAGAGAUAUGGGAUAGUGUAAUGGUUGCUAUUUGGCAACAUCAAUGAUUCAUACAAUACAGUGAGAUCCAGGUCACAGAAUAGAGAUUGAGAGACAAAAAAUCGACUCGGCCGAAAAACCGUAACGCUACCACGCCAUGAUUCGUCAUCAAAAUGCUGACGCCAUUCACUCCCCUGGACGUCCACCAUUUUGCAUAAUUUCAGGGGGUGAAUGCCUCUCAUAAGCGCACUGGCUAGGACCAUGGCUUCAGCAUUGCAAUGCAUGGUUAUGCCAAAGUCAUAGGCAAAACUAAGAAGUCGACCUUCUGUGAGUUUCUAUUCUGUGACCAGGUCUCUUGAGUUUACUUCAGAUGAGAUGGUUAAAAUUCCUCAAUUAUUUUUGCAGAUCAUACAACACAAGUAACUUGAUGGAUGAUUUAAAGAUUCUGUACCGUACAGCAGGUCAACAGGGUUGUGGAAUCACGUUCAUCUUUACUGACAACGAAAUUAAAGAUGAGGGCUUCCUUGAAUACAUGAACAAUGUCAUCGCCUCAGGAGAGGUAUGUUUGUAAAAAGAGAUUCGGGUGACUUUCUUUAUAAACAUCCCCAAUGGACCUAUUACCUAAUGAACGAAAUUUUGAGCUAGACAAGUUUAGAAAAAAUUUCCUCACAGCUUGAAAGAGCAUCACAAAAUUAGUAAUAUUCCAAAUUUUCGUUGCGAAAUGUUGUAAAAUGCGGAUAAUAUGGCCUUGUGAAGUUUUCAGAAAGCGGUAUCAAUUUCCUGUGCGUAAUACAAAAUGACUGAAAAACGGCAAACUUCCCAAGGCUAUAUUAUCCGCAUUUUACAACAUUUCACAACGAAACUUCGGAAUAUUACUAAUUUUGUGAUGCGCUUUCAAGCUGUGAUAAAAUUUUUGUCUAGACUUAGUCUAGACUAGACUUGUCUAGAUCAAAAUUUUGUUUAUUAGGUAAUGGUCCAUUGAUGUGACAAUGUGAAGUUCCAGUAUGCCAAUUUUCUGAAUACUUUGUAACCACAGUUUUAUAUAGCAUUUCUCCAUAUUUUCUAAUAUACAUUGUGUUAUUUCUAGGUUUCCAAUUUGUUCGCACGUGAUGAGAUUGAUGAGAUAACUCAAGAUUUAAUCGCUCCAAUGAAGAAAGAAUUUCCACGACGACCUCCAACCAAUGAAAAUCUUUACGAUUACUUCAUUUCACGCGUGCGCAACAACCUGCACGUUGUACUCUGUUUCUCACCGGUGAGUUUUGCAUUUUGGUCUCAUUAUGGAAUGUUGGUGAUACAGUGAUAAAAGCCUGGUUCAUGAACACCAGCAAUUUUGUGUUUCUGACGGAUGCAAAUGAGUGAACUCGCACAUAAAAGUAUAGCGUCGUUUUUCAGAAGUAAACAAUUCUAAGUCUUUUGCAUGUCAUUCGUUUGAUCACAUUUGCCAGGAGGAGAAAAGUCCCCGAUAGAAUUGCUAGUGUGAACCAGGCUUAAUGCAUGUAUCUUUCAUUUCUGUGACCGCCCUGUGAUUCCUCGAAUAUACGUGCAUGUAUGGAAUAUAAGGGGUGAAUUAUAAACUCGUCUCAAUCGCAUGUGAGAAGGAUACAUCCAGUUUAACUCUACCAAACACUGUAGAUUUUCUCUGGGUACUCCGGUUUCCUUCUCCUGCAGUAACACUAGAUCAAUACGAGAUGACUCACUGAACCUCUAGGGAGAACAGUUUAUAACUGAAAGAGCUUAUCCAGUAGUUUGAGAACAGUUUAUAACUGAUAGAGCUUAUCCAAUGUUAGUUUAGUUUAGGUUUCCUCCUGCAGGAAUGCUGGAUCAAUAAGAGAUGAUCCUUACUGGACCUCUAGGGAGAAUGGUUUAGAAUUGAUACAGCCAGCUUAUCCAGUAGAAAUAAAGUUAGUUUAGCUUAGGUUUCCUCCUGUUGGAAUGCUAGAUCAAUAAGAGAGAAUCCUUGCUGAACCUCUAGGGAGAACAGUUUAGAACUGAUAGAGCUUAUCCAGUAGAAAUAAUGUUAGUUUAGUUUAGGUUUCCUCCUGUAGGAAUGCUGGAUCAAUAAGAGAUGAUCUUUACUGAACCUCUAGCGAGAACAAUUUAGAAUUGAUACAGCCAGCUUAUCCAGCAGAAAUAAAGUUAGUUUAGCUUAGGUUCCUCCUGUUGGAAUGCUGGAUCAAUAAGAAAGACUCCCACUGGACCAGUGUCAGAUCAUCUCUAGGAAGAACAGUUUGGAACUGUUAGAGCUAUCCAGUAUAAACAAAAUUAGUUAUGUUUAUUACUAGCUGUUAGUGAUUUUCUCGUGUUUCUUCAGGUUGGUGAAAAGUUCCGAAAUCGAUCCCUCAAAUUCCCUGGUUUGUUCAGCGGUUGUACUAUGGAUUGGUUCAGCAGCUGGCCAAAGGAUGCUCUUAUCGCAGUUGCACAACACUUCUUGGCUUCAUUUGAGAUCGCCUGUUCAGCAGAGAUCAAGCAAGCUGUUGUCAAUACCAUGGGAAUGUUUCAGGUAAAUAGCUUGUGUGUGUGUGGUGUUGCUCGAAGUGGGGAGUCACUAUUGUGAUUGAGACAAUAGGCAUUAAAUAAUGUCACCUACAUGAAAACAAGGCUUUAUAGCCAAAGUGACAUACUUUCUGGAAGGGUGUAUUUUAGAAGGACUGAAAUGUAGGAGCGAGGAGAUUAUCUCUCAAGUCUAUGUAUUUGCUGCCAAGGACUACUGCAUCUAAUGAAAAGAAUUGGCAUUAUUUUCUAACAUUGUUAACUGCAGGUUGGCCCUUACUAUCUCUAAUAUUUCUAUCCUUAAAUGACGUAACGAGGAGUAGGGUUAGGAUUGGAAUUGAGAUCGGAAUUAGGAUUGUAUUUAACUUGAAGUUUGUAAGAGGGAAAUUGACCAGAGAAUAUAUUUUGUAUUGUUCUACAGGAUAAAGUGGCAGAAACUUGCAUUGAAUACUUUGAACGUUUCCGUCGUCAAAUGCACGUAACGCCAAAGUCCUAUCUUUCAUUCAUCGCUGGCUACAAGGAGAUCUACAAGGAGAAACACACAGCCAUUGGCGUGCUAUCUGACCGCAUGAAUACUGGCUUAAACAAGCUGGUAGAAGCGACAGAAUCUGUUGCGAAGCUCUCGCAGGAACUCGUUGUUAAAGAAAAAGAGUUGGCUGUUGCUUCAGUCAAAGCUGAUAAAGUACUGCAAGAGGUGACCGUUAGUGCCCAGGCUGCAGAGAAAGUCAAGUCUCAAGUACAGAAAGUGAAGGAUAAGGCACAAGCUAUUGUCGAUGAGAUUGCUGUAAGUUUUUUAAAGAUUAUUAUAGAAGUAGUGUUGUGUGUUCAUGAUAGAUGCUAAAGCCUAGUUUCCAUUUGGUCGUUAGUUGUCGCUGGCACGACAAGCGGUAGAUGUGAAAUAGUCUAAUGUCUCUAAUAUAAUAAUAGUCUUUUUUGUGUGUUAUAUGCAAAUCAGUCUUAAUGAUUGCAGAGUUUUAUAAAGUUUUGUUGACACUUUAUUACAUCAGCCACUUGUCGUGCCAGCGACAACUAACGACCAAAUGGAAACUAGGCUUAACUGCUCAGUUCUUAGAACUUCUCACUGUACUAUGCUGGCAGUAUAGUGGUGUCACUAGCACAUUGGUUAACCCAUUGAGCCGCAAUGCGCCCCAGUGCACCCUACUUAUUUUUGUACUUGUCUAACGCCAAACGAUUUUACUCGUCAAUGGGGAAGCUCUGCAGCUUAAUGGGUUAAUGCACGUGCCUUUUGCCUCUUAGUUUUAACUUUAAGUUCAGUAGUAACACUGGAUCAAUCAGAGAUUCUUCUUGCUGGACCUCUAAGGAGAACAGUUUAGAACUGCUAUUAAAAUAUUUUCAAAAUUUUAGGUGGACAAAGGUUUUGCUAUGCAGAAACUGGAAGCAGCCAAGCCAGCAUUAGCUGAAGCAGAGGCGGCCUUACAGACGAUCAAACCAGCACAUAUUUCAACCGUGCGUAAGUUGGCGAAACCGCCACAUCUGAUUAUGCGUAUUAUGGAUUGUGUGUUGUUACUGUUUGGUAAGCGUGUAGACAUUGUGACGGCUGAUCCUGAACGACCAUGUGUAAAACCAUCCUGGGGAGAGUCGUUGAAACUAAUGAGUCAAGGUGGAUUUCUACAGACCUUACUUACGUUUCCCAAGGUGAGUUUGAUGUAUCAGUAGCUUAUUAUUCAUACAUCCUCCAACAGCAUUGAUCCAAUCCUGAAAGGAAGGACAGUGUCUAAGGAUUAAAGUGAGAAUUAGGGUUAGAAUUAUGGUUACGAAUUAGAGUUGGCUGAGUGAGGAUUAGGGUAAGAAGUAGUUAGUAUUAAGUAUGUCACUGGAAAAAAAAGUGAAAUCCAUACUACGAAAUUUGCAAUUGCACUACUAAAUCCAUAGUAUAUCCAUACUAUUUCCUUACUAUAUCCAUACUAUGGAAAUAUACAAUUAUUAUGGAUAACCAAAAUCCAUUCUAUUUCCAAUAAAGAUCCAUUCAAUUUCCAUACUAUAACCUUCUAUGGAAUUUCAAACUUUUUCCAGUAUGUUAAGAUUAUACGAAAGAUAAUAUGAAAGUUGACCAAAUCAUGAUUCGCUUAUAUUUAUUAUUAGUAUAAUAUUUUCACUCUGUUAGGAUUCAAUCAAUGCGGAGACAGUGGAGUUACUAGCACCUUACUUAGAGAUGGAAGAUUACACAUUGGAAAGCGCUAAGAAAGUUUGUGGUGAUGUCGCAGGUCUUGCUUCAUGGACUAAAGCUAUGGCAUUCUUCUAUGCAAUCAAUAAGGAAGUUCUGCCUCUUAAGGUAAGAAAUUUACUUGUCAUAUUACUAUACAGAAAUGACAUCCUAAGAAUUAGGAUUAGGUAAGAUUGUAGUUUGGGCUUGGGUUGUUUAAGGUCCAUUUACACUACCAGUACGUUCAAUUUUGGUACCUGUACCUGUUUGGUAUCCAUGCUCGGACUAUCUGUUUACCAAGGCCGAGCACGGGUAAAUUUGGUAUGCGUUCCAUUUUUAUCUGUGCAUUGUAUUAGUGUAAACGCGGCUUAAGGGUCUAUAUUAUGGCUGGAGUCAGUGUUAGUGUUAGAAUUGAGUUUGGGUUAGGUUUAUAAGCUUUAAAGUUAGGAUUGUUCUGCAAGUCUGGAUUUAGCUACCCAACAGUGCUUACUGAAACUACCUAAUAUAUGUACAACCACUUCUAUAAACUGUGGUACAACAUAUCUUACUCUAGGCAAAUCUUGUUGUCCAAGAAGCAAGGUUAAGCAAAGCUACAGCUGAACUGAAUGCAGCACAAGAACAACUGGAUGAAAAACAACGUGAACUGGACGCAGUUCAAGCCAAGUUUGAUGAAGCGAUGAGAGAGAAACAAAUGUUAAUUGAUGAUGCUGAGGCAUGUCGUCGUAAGAUGGGCAAUGCCACUGCUCUUAUUGAAGGUCUGGGUGGCGAGAAAGUGAGAUGGACUGAACAGAGUAGAAAGUUUGCUGAGCAGAUAAGACGGUAGGUAGUAGGUGGAUUCAGAGAUGAUUUAGAUAUUGUAGUAGAUAGUAGGAGCAUGACAAGUGAACAAAACAACAUCUUUCAAUUCUGUUAUUAACCCAUUAAGCUGCAGAGCCUCUCCAUUGACGAGUAAAAUUGUCUGGCGUUAGACAAGUAAAAAUAGGUAGGGCAUAUUGCGGCGCAAAUAGGUUAACCACUAAUUAUUUCAUGAUUGACUCGGUUUUCUUUGAUGUACCGCGGGCUUUAUCUACCAUAAAGCCCUUGAAUACCAUAAAGCCCUAAUUAGUCAAGAAAUAAGGGAGAAAACUAGAAAAAUACUUGUCGAAAUCGGAAAAAAAAGAAUAAAACUUUGUUAGAAAACCUCGUCAAUCAUGAAAUAAGUCAGUUAAAUACCUCGAAUGUCGGGCUUUAUGCUAUAUAAAGCCCUCGAACGCUUCGCGUUCUCGGGGCUGUAUAUAGCAUAAAGCCCUCCUUCUCGGUAUUUAACUCUUACAUACAUGACUAUUAUAUCCAAUUAAAAGAAUCCACAUGUUUUCACUCUGCCAACCUAUAGUUUAUUUCAUUACUAAUAAUAAUAAUAGGAAACAGUAGAUUGAUGUGUUGAAUGAAUUCUUCAUUUCAGAUUGGUUGGAGAUGUAUUGCUUGCAACAGGAUUUCUAUCUUACUCAGGACCAUUUAAUCAAGAAUUCAGGAAUCUUCUUCUCUCCAACUGGAAACAGAUGAUGCAGAAGAAUAAGAUUCCUUUCUCAGAAGAUUUGAAUCUGACUGAAAUGUUGACGGACUCUGCGACUAUUGGAGAAUGGAAUUUACAAGGCCUUCCAAAUGACGAGUUGUCUAUACAAAAUGGCAUCAUUGUUACCAAGGCAACGCGAUUCCCGUUGCUCAUAGAUCCUCAGGUUUGUGUUCAGUCUACUGUACUUCACUAUGUGUUGUAAUCUUAUGUACCAUGUUACUGUACAUUGUAUUAGUGCGAAGAUGUUCUUUACCGUACUAUACUCUAUUAUAUUCUCUCUGGCUGUACUACACUAUACUCGUAGACGGGCGGUACCGAAACGUUAGGGGGGUUGUGUGACCAAACUGCAGCAGUGGUCUGGGGGCACAGUUGCUGAUGGGGGUAAGGGAGCAAAGCCCCCAGGAAAUGUUGAGAUUUUUGGUCUUACUUAGUUCAAAAUCUUUACAGUAUUUCAAUUACACGACUGUCAUUUAUCCCAAUGAGCAUUUAAUUUGGGGGUGGGGUGGCAAUUUUUUUUGGGGGUGCACACCUCCUGCACCCACUCUGAAAAUCCGUCCAUGACUGUACUACCUUACUGUACUUUAUUAUACUCAACUGCGCAUAGUCUACUCUACUGUACUUAAUUAACAGUACGUUGGUCAUUAAGCUGCAGAGCUUCCCCAUUGAUGAGUAAAAUUAUCUGGCGUUAGACAAGUAAAAAAAAAAUAAGUAGGACGCACUGGGGCGCAUUGCAGAUCAAUGGGUUAACUAGAGACAUUGUCAGAUUUUUGGUUAUAAUAAUCAUUAUUUCUUUAAAUAGGGUCAAGGCAAAGCUUGGAUUAGAAACAAGGAGAGUGCUCGCGACUUGCAGGUAAACUUGACUGCAUUUGCAAUUAUCUUGCAAUUAUGUUACUCCUGUUCAUACACAUUUACUGUAUGAACUGUAUAGGUAGGUUUUUGUAUGGAUUACGGGGCAACAGACGUUGGUCUAUCUUUAUAUUCAUACUUAUAAUGGAGCAAGAAAAAUAAACUACAUUACUCAACUACAGGCUUUCAUUGGUCCCUACCAUGCAACUACCUGAAGAAUAUAAGGAGAAUUUCGACGUUUCGAACCAAACGAAGAGCCUUCGCUCGAAACGUUGAAACUCUCCUUAUAUGUAAAGUUUGUUUGUUCACUGCAACCAGGUAUAUCAAUCCUGUUUCGCUCGCUACUCUGGUUUAAAUAAAUGAUUACAAAGCCCAGUCGAAUUGUAAUCAAGAGUUCAAGACCCAACGUUUCGACACUCCAGUCUAGUGUCUUCAUCAGUGGUGAUCUAAAGAUGCAAUCGUAGCUUCUUAAAUACCCAAGGGAUGACGUCACCUGCCAAUGAGAUGCAUAUAUUCCUCUGGCAAAUAGGCACUGUCAUCCCUAUUCAAAGCAUGAUGACUCAUAUUUAUAUGCCACGCCCCUACCAACGAAAGCUUGUUCAUAUUAUUGCCACUACCUACACUGGCACACUGACAGUUAAGAUUACUCAACUAAAUUUCUCAAUUCUAUUUAUUUGCUCAUUUGCCUGCUAAUACAAGAUUGCUUAUGUAUUAAAUGAAAUAAUGUUGAUAACUGCCGGAUGACCACCAUCUACUGUAUCAUAAUGCUCAGUGAAACUCACUUAUACAGGAACUAAUUAAUAUUUGCAUCUUACUUAGACGACAUCAUUAAACAACAAGUACUUCAGGAACCACUUGGAUGAUGCAUUAUCUCUCGGCAGACCUUUGUUACUCGAAGAUGUUGGUGAAGAAUUGGAUCCUGUUUUAGACAACAUUCUUGAAAAGAACUUUAUAAAGAGCGGCAAAACACUAAAGGUAAAAUGUGCAAGAAAUGACAAUUACGGAUUUCAUAAUUCUAAGAUCACGAGUUCACAGAUUAGAGAUUUUUAAUUAUUUUUAAUGAUUUUGCAAUAUAUAGAAGAGAAAAAAUAGAAUACAAGAACGUACAAACAUUAAAAAAAUAUAAAGUUACUUAUUAUAAUAGAAUAUAAGAUAACUUAGUUAAAUUAUGUCCAGUAGUCAAAGUAGCAGGAAGCUUUCGAGUUGACUACUGUCUAUAUGAGAUUUUUCAGUGUAUUUGAGCUAAAAAUAUUAGAGGAAAACACACAAAAUAUUUGAAAGGGGGAUGAUGUAUGCACUAAGAGUAUACAAAUUUGAAUCGUGCCAAGAUGAAAUCACCACAGAUGGUCACACAUGUUUUUGCUAUUGCUGCCGCUGUUACGCAGGCUAUAUAAUAUCUUACAGCAUUGUUUUUUGUUCAGGUCAAAGUGGGAGAUAAAGAAGUGGAUGUCAUGGAAGGUUUUGUUCUGUAUAUUACAACGAAGCUUGGCAACCCUGCAUACACUCCAGAGAUCAGUGCAAAAACAUCUAUCAUUGACUUUACUGUGACCAUGAAAGGCCUGGAAGAUCAGUUACUGGGGCGUGUUAUACUCACUGAGAAACAGGUAUGGCCUGAUAUGAAAUAAAUCAGCUAGAGGUUAAUUUCUUUAACAAUCAUAAUCCUGAUAUUUGCUGUGUUGGUGUGAUGUACUCAGGUGAAUAAGAUGCUUGUGUGAUGUGUAUCACACAAGCAUCUUAUUCACCUGAGUACAUUACACCAACACAGCAAAUAUCAUGAUUAUUAGAUUACACUGAUAUCGAAGGAACUAGACUCAGUUCCGAAAUUUCGCAUACUCAAACCGUCCUGACCGCGUAGUAUUCCAAAGGUCGUAGGUUCGAUUCCCACCGUGGCCAGGCAUAUUUUUCAAGCUUGCCCGGUGUGGAUAUACACUCAGAGUAACAUCACACAAGAAUCAUAAUCCUAAUACUACCCCCCGAUAAGUAUUGGUGCUAACUCUUAGUCCUAUUACUGUGGUGUAAUUUCAAGAUAUUUAUAUAUGGAAAGUGCAGGCAUAGAAUAUAUAUUUCCUUUCCUGGCAGCAAAAUCUUAAAAAAAGUGGGGACCAGCAAAUGUUUUGAGAAAUUAAAAAUGCAAAGGGGGAAACCACAGGAAAUUUUUUAAAAAUUAAAAAAAAAUACCUCAACCUAGAACAAACUUUGUGAAAAAUGUCGAAAACCAUUUCUUUCAUCAAAACAAUUACUUUUGACUGAUAAUAACAUGAUGUUUACGAUGUCACUCUGAGUGUAUAUCCACACCGGGCAAGCUUGAAAAAUAUGCCUGGCUACGGUGGGAAUCUAACCUACGACCUUUAGAAUACUGGCCCAAUGCUCUGCCAACUGAGCUACGCGGUCAGGACGGUUCAAGUAUCAUCAUCGCAAACAUCAUAUUCACCCGAGUACAUUGCACCAACACAGAAAAAUCAUGAUUACUAGAUUUCAUUGAUAUCGAAGGAACUAGACUCAGUUCCGAAAUAUCACAUACUCGAACCGACUUGACCGCGUAGCUCAGUAGGCAGAGCAUUGGGCUAGUAUUCCAAAGGUCGUAGGUUCGAUUCCCACCGUGGCCAGGCAUAUUUUUCAAGCUUGCCCGGUGUGGAUAUACACUCAGAGUAACAUCGCAAACAUCAUAUUCACCUGAGUACAUUACACCAACACACACAAAAAAUAUGAUAAGAACAUGUUUUAAAAAUGUUGGUCAAAUGCAGAGGGGAACACACAUAGGGUCAUGAUUUCACAGUACAAUUGCAUUUGUUGGGAAUGACGCGACGUACCUUUUUUUCAUUUAGGAAUUAGAAGCUGAGCGUACGAAGUUAAUGGAAGAAGUGACAUCAAACAAACGUAAAAUGCAAGAUCUUGAAGAUAACUUACUGUAUCGUUUAACCAGUACACAGGGCUCACUGGUGGAUGACGACUCUCUGAUCAGUGUACUGGGUGUUACCAAAACCACAUCUGAAGAAGUCAGUGAAAAAUUGAUCGUGGCUGCUGAGACUGAACUCAAGAUUAAUUCUGCAAGAGAGGAAUAUAGACCUGGUAUAAUAUGAGGCUUCUCUAACUAUUCAUAUUUAUUUUCAUGUAAUUGUAACAUGAAACUUGUAUUACCACCACUGCAAGGGCGCAUUUUCAUUUUUUUAAAGGAGGGAUGGAAAAAUUUUUAGUGGGGUGGUAGCGGCACCACUGAGCAAGCUUUUUACAGGGAUUAGGCGUUCGGGUAAAGACUUUCACACAAAAUAGGAGGGGUAAAGCGAAAUUUUGGUGGGGUUGAACACUUUAUAAGAGGGGUUGGAGAGAUUCUAAAGGGGGUUUAAUCCCCCCCCCCAGUAAAUCCGCCCAUGCACCACUGUGUGACCACAUACAGUUCAAUUGAUUUAGAAUAAAUAUUAAUGUCCCUGUUUUACUUCAAUGCAAUAUCAUUUUUUUCAGUGGCAUCACGUGGCAGUAUAUUGUAUUUCUUGAUUGUUGAGAUGUCUUAUGUAAAUAUCAUGUAUCAGACGUCAUUAAAACAGUUCCUGGGGCUGUUUGAUAUAUCCAUGGCACGUUCACAGAAAUCUCCUAUUCCAGCCAAACGAAUUCAGAAUAUCAUUGAUUAUCUGACAUUUGAAGUAUUCAGGUUCGUAUCACCUCAUUGCAGGGUACUCACGUGAUGAUCUUUUUGCUAUCCAUUUCCCAAUCGAGCAGAGGACUGGGUUUAGUCACUAGUUUGGAGGGACAAAAAAUAAACAAUAUUUCCGAAUAUGGCAUCUAGGAAGUUUUCCUACAUUCCUAAAGUUAUUUGUGCAGCCUGAAACGAUGCUGAUAUGUGUCACAUUUGGGUAAAAAGGCUAGCUCUCCUUUCCCUUGUGUAAAAAACAAAGCCAACUAUUCAGAUAGUAGAUUAUAACAAUAACACUGCCAGGAGGCAUAUUUUAAUAUAUAUUUAGCUCGCUCACUAUAACUUGUCCCUCCAAUUAUCAACUAGACCCAGUCCUCUGCUCGAUUGGGAAAUGGCUAAUAGAAGUACCAUCCUGGUUGAUAUGUUGUCUUCACCUCUUUAACCUGUUAUUCAUUCCUGCAAUAAGCAGUUGACUGGUUUAGAUUUCGUCACAGUUGCAUGUGGGAAAAGUGUUUACAGUUUGGCUCUCUACCAACGACCACAGGCUUCCACGUAUUGUUGUAUAUAGUAGUAAUACUGUAGCAGUAAAGAAUGACCCAUAGUGAACCUCUAAAAAAUAGGUAUCCAGUAUAGAUAUUCUAUGUUUAGUUUUAGUCUUAAUAUUGUUUAUUUUAUUCAGGUAUACAACUCGUGGUCUCUACGAAAGUCACAAGUUCUUGUUCACCUUGUUGUUGGCAUUGAAAAUUGAGCUUCAAGAUCGCAAGAUCAAGCAGGACGAAUUCCAAGUUUUGAUUAAAGGUAAUGCAGUCAUAAUAUAACAGCAUUUGGUCGGGUUUUACUAAAAUCCUGUCGUGUAAUAUUCCAAGUCAUUAGGAUGCGAACACGGUGUAAUAUUGGCGGUAUAUACUGUAGAAUUGCGAGUUGUUACUACAAAAUGUCAGCAUAUCUGAAGUUGACCGUGAUGAUAAUGAAAGCCAUCAAUAAAUUAUGGAUUUAAUUAGUACGUUCUAUUUCAAAACAGGUGGGGCUGCUCUGGAUUGAAUGCAGUUGAGCCGAAACCGAAGAAAUGGAUUUCAGAUAUGACUUGGUUGAAUUUAGUUCAAUUGAGCAAAUUGCAGCAGUUUUCGCAGAUACUGGGCCAGGUACUGUUUCUUUAUUCGUUUAUCGUUACCUAUGUGACGUGCUAGCCUUAUACAAUAUAUUCAAUAAAUGUAUCACGCUAUUUCUAUGUAGAUAUCGCGUAAUGACAAGAGUUGGAAAGCGUGGUUCGACUCGGACACACCUGAAGACAGCCCUGUUCCUGAUGGUUAUGAGGAGUCCUUGGAUACAUUUAGAAAAUUGUUGUUGAUACGUUCUUGGUGUCCUGAUCGAACUGUGAGUCAAGCCAGACGCUAUAUUGCCGAUUCCAUUGGAACUGAGGUGAGGAUUUGUGGUACAAUACGACCAGUAUAUUAUAGAAGGGCAGAUACUUGAGGAUAACGUAAUUUACUAAUUAGCCUUUCUCACGCCGCCAUUUUUGGGUGGCUUUUCAGCCGAGGUCUGCGAGAUAAGUCCACAUAACAGCGACUUUUUAUAAUUUUUUGAACAAAUUAUGGCAAGUUUGCUUUGUAAAUGGUUAGUUUAAUUUGCAAACUUGCUUUUCACAUUGUUUUAAUUGUCUGCAUUGGUUAACGAGAAUUGGAUGCCACCUAUGGAUGCCACCCAAAAAUGGCGGAUAUUCGUCAUCGUGCAUGAGAAAGGCUAAUUGAUCGAUAAAAAUGUAACUUUUUUAAACAAUAUAUAUUUACAUUUGAUAUUUGUGGUGUUACUCUGAGUGUGCAUCUAAACCGGGCAAGCUGAAAAGUUUGCUUGACCACGGUGGGGAAUCGAACCCGCGACCUUUGGGAUACUAGUCCAAAAGCACAAUGUGCUUAUCGCUACAACAGCUCGAUAUUGUAAACCUCUAUACUAAUAUGCACCUUUACAUUUUAGUUUGCAGAAGGUGUUAUUCUGAACUUAGAAUCAAUGUGGGAAGAAAGUGAUCCACGAACUCCAAUGGUGUGUUUACUAUCCAUGGGUUCUGAUCCUACUGCUUCUAUUGAGAUGUUGUCCAAGAAGAACAGACUAGGUAGGCGAUCGUGACUGAAGCCCAUUUUCCACCAGGCAAAUUUGUUCGCGCGAAGCGAAAAACAAAUCUUCGCAAUGUGAUUGGUCAGCGAAAAAAUUCGCCCAGUGGAAAAUGGGUUUAAGACGUCUUGAAUAUUGGAUACCUUGAUAGAAGGUUUUAAUUUUCCUAGUUGAAAGUUUUUUUAUGGAUCUAUAUCUUCUUCACUGGUUGUUGAUAACAUUCUGCAAGAUUGAUCUAGUUUGUGGUCUAAGUUUGUGGUUUGUUAGUCCACUGCUCUACCAACUGAGUUAUGUGCUCAAGUCGCUUCCAGUGGGUUAUACUUCAACUUGACCUCGUAGCUCAGUUGGUAGAGAAAUGAAUUAGCAAAUCAAAGGUAGCAGGUUCAAUUCCCCCACUACAUUGAGGCGAAAUAAUUUUCAGCUUACCCAGUGUGGACACACUCGGAGUGCGUCAUGUAAUAUAUUUUCAUCAUAAGGUAAAUUUUAUUGCUAAUCGUAUAGAAUGUCGUGCUAUCUCCAUGGGACAAGGCCAAGAAGUGCAUGCUCGUCGUUUGUUACAACAGUUCAUGGCUGAAGGUGGCUGGGUACUCUUGCAAAACUGUCACUUGGGAUUGAAUUUCUUGGAUGAACUACUUGAUACUGUAAGUUUCUUACCUGACAUGUAUUGUUCCGUGAACGUUGCAGAGCACUUACUGCAGAUGGUGGUCAACUUUUUAGUUAUAGUAAUUACACUUAAUUACACUUAAUUACUCGCUGUCUUUCUACCACAGGUGUUAACAACUGAGACAGUGAAUGCUAACUUCCGUUUAUGGAUCACAACAGAGGAACAUCCUAAAUUCCCCAUCAGCUUUCUACAAUCUUCCAUCAAGUUCACAAAUGAACCACCUGAAGGUAUUAAGGCUGGGUUGAAGAGAACGUAUGCUGCAGUUUCUCAGGUAUGUUUCACUUUCGUAUUCUUUAUAUGAUCAAGCAUUAAAUGAUCUACUACACAUUUAUUUAUACUAUACCUACACCAUUCUACUAUGACUGGAAAGCGAAGGCUAGAUUAGGAUUGGUUAGGACUUGUGUAAGAAUUGGGGUUUGGAUUUGGGGUGGAUUUUGGUUUGGGUACAAUGACGCUUAUGAUAAGAUUUAAUUAGAACUCAGACUGACUGGACUUUAGUCUGGAAUGAAGAUUUUGAUUAGGAUAAUUUUGGGAUUAGAAUUGUAUUUAAAUUUAGGUUCUUCAUAUGAAUAUUGACCCUAAUUUUCUUCAUACCUUCCCAGGAUCAACUGGACGUGACAAACAUGCCACAAUGGAAACCAAUGUUGUAUGCAGCAGCAUUUCUACAUACAGUCGUACAAGAAAGACGAAAGUUUGGUCCACUUGGAUGGAAUAUUCCGUACGAGUUCAACUCUGCAGAUCUUGGCGCUACUGUACAGUUUAUACAGAAUCAUUUGGACGAUCUGGACGCCAAAAAGGUGAGAACCUCUUUGCUUUGUGUAUCGAAACUUUUCCAUUUUAAAUAUCUUCCAUUAGAUUUUCGUCAAUGCACGAAAUUUAAGCAAAAAAAAGUCGAAGGGUCGUCAUCUGUUGGCAACUUAAUUCACAAAAUGUCUGCCACUGCUUAUUGAAACCCACUCUAUAUAUAUAUACUAUCUGUUUUCUAUCCUUAUCUAGGGUGUUUCAUGGUUAACUGUACACUACAUGAUCGGAGAGGUUCAAUAUGGUGGACGGGUUACGGAUGAUUUUGAUAAACGCUUGCUAAACACAUAUGCCCAUGUCUGGUUUACUGACGCUCUCUUUCAAGAUUCAUUCAAAUUUUACACUGGUUACCAAAUCCCGAGGUGCACGCAGAUUGCAGAUUUCCGUGCUGCCAUAGAAGAACUUCCUUUAACUGACACGCCAGAGGUAACUAGUUAAUCAAUGAUCUGAAUUUUAACGGAAACCCAAACAUAGGCGUAAAGCCCUGGGCAAACUUGGAAACAUUGUUGCGGAAACAUUGUUUCCUACCAAUGUUUCGCCAUGUUUCCCAGAGUGAGCAAACACUAUAGGAAACAUUAGUGAGAAACAUAGGGAAACAUCAAAUGUUUCUGAAUUCGCUAGGAAACAUUUUUGUUUCCGCAACAAUGUUUCCACGGGUGGGCAAACAGGGAAACAUUUGAGGAAACAUUUGAGGAAACAUUGAGAAUCACAAAUGUUUCCACAACAAUGUUUCCUAGUUUGCCCAGUGCUUAAGACCUAGGUGUGCUUUCUGAGAGCCAGUUGAAAGUUCGCCUGAAUGGAGGAUUACUGGAAUUUGCCUGAAUUUCUAUAGAAAACUAAAGUUUGUUUGUUUCCUUUGAGGAUAAAAGCAGCCGCAGUUGCCGAUAAUGGUUGAAGCAUGUGCAGCACUCGGAAAUUUCAAUGAGACCCACCUAAAAAAGGUGUUAAUAUUUUCAGGUAUUUGGACUUCAUCCUAAUGCGGACAUUACAUAUCAAGCGAAGACAACGACGGACGUUCUAGAAACCAUUGUUAACAUUCAGCCUAAAGAUAGUGGUGGUGGAGGUGGAGAGACACGUGAAACUGUUGUGUUUAGGCAGGCUUCUGAAAUGCUUGACAAGCUACCGCCCAACUAUGUACCACAUGAGGUAAGGAAAGUAGAAAUAGCUUUUAAUAAUAUCACUUAUUACCCAGGGGGUUUCCUGUUACGCUGAACCUGUAGCCUGAGAUAAAACUUGCCUGAUACCAGAAAAAUAAUUUUGCUCAGACGUACCAAAGGGGGUCCCCCCUUUAUUGACCCCAGGGUAGUUUGUGGUGCCCCCUUUGCUCUCAACCUGAGCCUUAACUUCCAGACGAUGGGUCUUUCCCGAAACGUCGAAGUUCUUAUAUUUUUUCAGGUAGUUGUAAUACACGCGUAGAAACGCACAAGUUGCAACAAACCUGCAGCAGACUUGUAGCAAUGCUGUUCCAACAACUUGUCAUCAGGAUGUGUUCGCACUGCUUGUUCCCAGCUUGUUGACAAGUUGUCAACGGUUUGUUGGUAACUUGCUACAAGGUUGUUGAGUUCAACAGACUUGUUACGAGUUGUUUUCAACAACUUGUUAUUGUCGUGCAAUUCAACAAGUUGUGAGUGACAACCUUGUAGCAACAUGAUGAAAUAACAGCAUUGUUACAACAUGUUGACAAGCUUGCUACAAGCCUGUUGCGAACACAUCUUGUUGAUAAGUUGUGAGAUUUUUACGUAUGUAUGCUUCACGCCGCAGCCUAUUGUCUAUGGUUCAUUAUGUUGGUGAAUUCUUAUAUACAUCUUCGUGUGUGUUUCUUUUGUGCAGGUGAAAGCACGGCUUCAAAAGAUGGGUGCACUUACUUCAAUGAAUAUCUUCCUACGCCAAGAGGUUGAUCGCAUGCAACGUGUUAUUACAAUAGUACGAAACACUCUAGUCGAUCUUAAACUGGCAAUUGAUGGUACUAUCAUCAUGAGUGAGAAUCUUAAAGAUGCUCUUGAUAAUAUCUACGAUGCAAGAGUACCAGCACUUUGGAGAAAGGUAAGGCUUCUGCGAGACAAUUUAUAUAAACUUAAAACGUUCCUUUCUGAAUAUGUGAUGUGCAUGGCCGCUAAAUUGUCAAUAUAUUUCUAUUUUUUCAUUUAAAUUGCUAUAGAUAUCUUGGGAGUCAACAACACUCGGAUUUUGGUUCACAGAUCUGAUCGAGAGAAAUAACCAGUUCUCAACUUGGCUAUUUGAUGGAAGACCGAUAUGUUUCUGGAUGACUGGAUUCUUUAAUCCUCAGGUGAGGGGAACAUAGUUCACCCGAUCCAUCGGCUUAUUUUUAAUUGAAAAAAAAACCACUGAGUGUUCCAUCUGAUAAAAAAUAAAGGCUAACCGUUUUGUCCAUUUUUACCCUUUUUUCAUUUUUGAAACGAGAAACGCCCUAUAAAUAAUUACCUCAUGAAUUUUCUCUUCUCUCUCCAGGGUUUCCUUACAGCUAUGCGUCAAGAAAUCACGCGAGCUCAUAAAGGCUGGGCCCUAGAUUGCGUUGUUCUUAGCAAUGACGUCACAAAGUACAUGAAAGAAGAUCUGACGUCAGCACCGGCGGAAGGUGUCUACGUAUAUGGUCUGUUCUUAGAUGGCGCUGGUUGGGAUCGCCGAAACUGCAGACUUAUCGAACCUCCCCCGAAAGUUCUAUUCUCUAACUUACCUGUGGUUCAUGUAUAUGCAGUAAAUACGACCUCGGCUAAAGAUCCUCGCUUGUACGAAUGUCCGGUCUAUAAGAAACCCCGGCGUACUGACCUUACAUAUAUAUUUUGUCUGAAUCUAAAGACCCUACAACAUCCUGAUCACUGGAUACUUCGUGGUGUCGCGUUGCUGUGUGAUACAAAAUAA